AGCGUCUGUUUCCUAAGCAGAAAGUCGUAGGUUCGACCCCUACCUGGCGCGAUGUUUUGACUUUUCAUUUCUAUUGUUUUACCUUUUUUCGAAGAGCUACCUUACGAGAUAUCCAUCUCCAAUUGUUAGUGAUGCAACUAAGGCUUCCUAAAACCCUCUCUCAGCAAGACCUCUUUCAUCACUAUUCCAUGUCUCAGUGACACCAUUUACCUUUUUUCGAAGAGCUACCUUACGAGAUAUCCAUCUCCAAUUGUUAGUGAUGCAACUAAGGCUUCCUAAAACCCUCUCUCAGCAAGACCUCUUUCAUCACUAUUCCAUGUCUCAGUGACACCAAAACCUUCGAGUUCAGAGAGAACAACACACUUUAACUCUGGGUACUCAUGGCAGGUCCUAUCCUUCUUCGUUCUCUCUGGUCCUCCACAAGAAAAUCCGCAUCUUCUUUCAACUGUUCCUCUUCUCCUUCCUUUUCUUCUUCUAGAUCCUUCCUCUACCGAUUCAAUCACUUCUCACGCGCCUUCUCUGCCGCCGCACCUGCCUCUUCCGCCACCACAUCUGCAUCUAUCCCCGGCGGCGCACUUGACCCCAGCCGCCUCCGCAACGUCGCCGUCAUUGCGCACGUCGACCAUGGCAAGACUACGCUCAUGGAUCGCCUUCUCCGCCAGUGCGGCGCCGAUAUCCCCCACGAGCGCGCCAUGGAUUCCAUCACGCUUGAGCGCGAGCGUGGAAUCACUAUCGCUUCCAAGGUUACGUCCAUUUCGUGGAAGGAGAAUGAACUGAACAUGGUUGAUACUCCAGGACAUGCUGAUUUUGGUGGCGAAGUUGAACGUGUUGUUGGUAUGGUUGAAGGGGCUGUUUUGGUUGUUGAUGCUGGUGAAGGUCCACUUGCUCAAACAAAAUUCGUUCUUGCAAAAGCCUUAAAGUAUGGUUUGCGACCUAUUCUUCUGCUAAACAAAGUAGACCGCCCUGCAGUUACUGAGGAGAUGUGCGAUGAAGUUGAGAGCCUGGUGUUUGAUCUAUUUGCCAACUUGGGUGCUACAGAGGAGCAACUAGACUUUCCAGUUCUUUAUGCUUCUGCUAAAGAAGGAUGGGCAUCUACCACGUUUACCAAGGAUCCUCCUGAUGAGGCAAAAAAUAUGUCACAAUUGCUUGAUGCCAUUGUUUCACAUGUCCCACCACCAAAUGCAAACAUUGAUGCACCUUUCCAGAUGCUGGUUUCAAUGAUGGAAAAGGACUUCUAUCUUGGUCGAAUUUUAACUGGACGCGUAUAUACUGGGGUUGUUCGUGUUGGUGACAGGAUUCAUGGAUUACGUAAUAAGGACUCUGUUGCUGAAAAGAUUGAAGAUGGAAAGGUGGUGAAACUGAUGAAAAAGAAGGGUACAAACAUGGUUCUAACAGAAUGUGCUGGAGCUGGUGAUAUAAUUUCAAUAGCUGGCUUGGCAAGUCCAUCAAUAGGCCACACAGUGGCAACAGCAGAGGUUAUGUCUGUAUUACCCACAGUUGAAUUGGAUCCUCCUACAAUUUCCAUGACUUUUGGUGUAAAUGACUCCCCAUUGGCCGGUCGAGAUGGUACUCAUUUGACUGGAGGAAGAAUUGGUGACCGACUGAUGGCUGAAGCUGAAACCAACCUUGCCAUAAAUGUGCUUCCUGGCUUAUCAGAAUCAUUUGAGGUUCAGGGAAGAGGAGAGCUACAGCUGGGUAUCCUAAUUGAGAACAUGAGACGCGAGGGAUUUGAAUUAUCUGUGUCUCCACCUAAAGUCAUGUAUAAAAGUGAAAAUGGUCAGAAACUUGAGCCAAUAGAAGAAGUCACAAUUGAGGUAAAUGAUGAGCAUGUUGGAUUGGUAAUGGAAGGCUUGUCUCACAGGCGAGGCGAGGUCACAGACAUGGGUCCUGUGUCAGGAGCUGUUGGUCGGACUAGACUGACUUUGACUUGUCCAUCAAGGGGCUUGGUUGGUUACAGGAGUGUGUUCAGUAGUGACACUCGUGGAACUGGAUUCAUGCAUCGAGCUUUCCUUUCAUAUGAAAAAUUUCGAGGACCUCUUGGCAAUGUUAGAAAAGGAGUACUGGUCUCAAUGGGUUUUGGUACAAUCACAGCUCAUGCAUUGAUGAGCUUAGAAGCACGUGGGAUUCUUUUUGUAACUCCUGGAAUGGAGACAUAUGAUGGGAUGAUUGUGGGAGAACAUUCACGAGACACAGAUCUUGAUAUCAAUCCGGUGAGAGCUAAAGAGCUUACAAAUAUUCGUGCUGCUACCAAGGAUGAGAAUGUGAAGCUGUCUCCCCCACGUCUCAUGACACUUGAAGAAGCUAUAGGUUAUGUGGCUUCAGAUGAGCUUAUUGAGGUUACCCCAAAGGCCAUCCGUUUACGGAAGAAAUAUCUUGACGUUAACAAGCGUAAGGCCAUGAGCAAAAAGCCAAAGGAAUGAGGAAUGAGGAUUGAGGAGUUUCACUCUCCAUCAAAUUUUGUAAGAUUUAAUUUAUUCGGUGUAUGGUAUAGUCAU